ACCUGACCCAACCCAGCAGCGGCGCAGCAGCACCGGCCCCGCCCGCGGGCGCCGCCGCCCCGCUGGCCUCGCUCCUGCAGGCGCUUGCUGCCCUCGACCCCGGCCUGAGGGAUGCGCUUGCAAGAUUGGAGCGCGACGGCGGUGCAGCCGGCGCCGCCGGCGCCGCCGCCGGCCCGGUUUCUCGCGCCAGCCUCUGCCGCGUGCGCGCGGCGCUGGACGCCGCCGCGCCGGACGUCGCAGCGGCGGCGGCGGUGGUCGUGCGGCGCCUGGUCGGCGCGCGACCGGCGCAGCCGCCGGCGCCGGCGCCGGCGCCUGCGCAAGAGCGACCGCUGCCGGCUGGUCCGCCCACGGCAAAGGCCGCCGCCGCCUGCCGGGGCGGC